AUGGAUUUAAACAGCAAGCAGGUUGAUGAAAACCUACAAGUCAAGCCAGCACAAAAUGUCUCAUUCUGCCAAAGAAACAAGUCUGGGAAUGGGAGUUUUGUGUCUAAAUUAAGAGAUCACUUUCAUGAAUUUAUUCACGCAUCUGCUGAUGAACACAGGAGAUGCUUCAGAAACACAAUUCAAAAGAUAUUUCAUGCAUCAAAGGUUUUUGGAAAAAACAGCGAAAGCAUAGACGAAGGUGAAAGCUCACUACAACUUCAUUCAUCUACAGGGAAAUAG